UUCAUUGUUCAUGGAAAUGCCCACAGCACCGAAAGUCCGAAACAUGCUUUCUUUCUCUGUCUUGACCCCAUACUACACGGAAGAGGUCCUUUUCUCAUCAGAUGAUUUGGAUAGACAAAAUGAAGAUGGUGUUUCCAUUCUGUUCUAUUUGCAAAAAAUUUAUCCAGAUGAAUGGCUCAAUUUCAUUGAGCGUGUGGAUUGUACCAGUGAAGACGACCUCAGGUUUAAAUGGUCUCCUGAUUUAGAAGAAAAACUCCGCCAUUGGGCUUCAUAUAGGGGGCAGACUUUAACAAGGACAGUGAGAGGGAUGAUGUAUUACCGCAGAGCUCUGGAACUUCAAUCUUUCCUUGAUAUGGCCCAGGAUGAUGAUUUGUUGGAGGGGUAUAAAGCUAUUGAGUUAAACGAGGAUCAGAUGAAGGGAGAGAGGUCUCUUUGGGCACAAUGUCAAGCAGUAGCUGAUAUGAAAUUCACAUAUGUUGUCUCAUGCCAGUUAUAUGGUAUACACAAGCGAUCUGGUGAUCAACGUGCACAAGAUAUUCUCCGGCUUAUGACAACGUACCCAUCCAUGCGUGUUGCGUAUAUUGAUGAAAUUGAAGAACCAAGCAAAGACAGGUCCAAGAAAGUUAAUCCAAAGGUCUACUAUUCCACCCUUGCCAAAGCUGCCAUUUCAAAUUCUUCUGAGCCUGGUCAAAACUUGGAUCAGGAUAUCUACCGUAUAAAACUUCCAGGCCCUGCUAUCUUGGGUGAGGGAAAGCCUGAAAACCAGAAUCAUGCUAUUAUCUUCACUCGUGGAGAAGGGCUGCAAACUAUAGAUAUGAAUCAGGAUAACUACAUGGAGGAAGCCUUAAAAAUGAGGAAUUUGCUUCAAGAGUUUCUUAAGAAACACGAUGGUGUGAGGUUCCCUAGUAUACUGGGGCUGAGGGAGCACAUAUUUACUGGAAGUGUUUCUUCUCUCGCGUGGUUUAUGUCAAAUCAAGAGACAAGUUUUGUGACAAUUGGUCAGAGACUAUUGGCAAACCCUCUGAAGGUUCGAUUCCAUUAUGGGCACCCAGAUAUUUUUGACAGACUGUUCCACCUUACAAGGGGUGGAGUCAGCAAAGCUUCUAAGAUUAUCAACUUAAGUGAGGACAUAUUUGCUGGCUUUAAUUCUACACUACGUGAAGGCAAUGUUACUCACCAUGAGUACAUUCAAGUUGGUAAAGGAAGGGACGUGGGACUUAAUCAGAUAUCUCUAUUUGAGGCCAAAAUAGCCAAUGGCAAUGGAGAGCAGACCCUGAGUCGGGAUUUAUACAGGCUUGGACAUCGUUUUGACUUUUUCAGAAUGUUAUCAUGUUAUUUCACUACCAUUGGUUUCUAUUUCAGUACCUUGAUUACUGUCCUCACCGUAUAUGUGUUCCUCUAUGGACGCCUUUACCUUGUCCUUAGUGGACUUGAGGAAGGGCUGAGUAAGCAACCGUCUAUCAAGAACAACAAAGCUCUUCAAGUGGCUCUUGCUUCUCAGUCUUUUGUGCAAAUUGGGUUUUUGAUGGCCCUCCCUAUGAUGAUGGAGAUUGGCUUGGAAAAGGGAUUCCGCACAGCACUCAGUGAAUUUGUACUGAUGCAACUGCAGUUGGCACCAGUAUUCUUCACAUUUUCACUUGGAACGAAGACCCAUUAUUAUGGAAGAACAUUGCUCCAUGGAGGUGCAAAAUAUAGGCCUACUGGCCGUGGUUUUGUGGUCUUUCAUGCUAAGUUUGCUGAUAACUAUCGCUUCUACUCCCGUAGUCACUUUGUCAAGGGACUUGAGCUAAUGAUACUAUUGCUCGUGUAUCAAAUUUUUGGGCAAGGUUAUAGAGGAGCUGUUGCAUAUGUCUUGAUCACUGUGUCAAUGUGGUUCAUGGUGGGAACCUGGCUCUUUGCUCCGUUCCUCUUCAAUCCCUCUGGUUUUGAAUGGCAAAAGAUAGUUGAUGAUUGGACUGAUUGGAAUAAGUGGAUGAGCAACAGAGGAGGUAUUGGUGUCCCCCCAGAGAAAAGUUGGGAAUCAUGGUGGGAGGAGGAACAAGAGCAUCUUAGGCAUUCUGGAAUACGCGGUAUUGUUGCUGAAAUUCUGUUGUCUUUGCGCUUCUUUGUCUAUCAGUAUGGGCUCGUCUAUCACUUGAAGAUCACGGUGACAAAUCAGAGUUUUCUGGUUUAUGGUGCUUCAUGGUUAGUAAUAUUUCUGGUACUUUUUGUAAUGAAG